AUGACACAGCAACACCAUCAUCAAAACGACACAGCAACACCAUCAACAAAACGACACAGGAACACCAUCAACAAAACGACACAGGAACACCAUCAACAAAACGACACAGCAACACUUUCAAAAAACGACACAGGAACACCAUCAACAAAACGACACAGGAACACCAUCAACAAAACGACACAGGAACACCAUCAACAAAACGACACAGGAACACCAUCAACAAAACGACACAGGAACACCAUCAACAAAACGACACAGGAACAUCAUCAACAAAACGACACAGGAACACCAUCAACAAAACGACACAGCGACACCAUCAACAAAACGACACAGGAACACCAUCAACAAAAUGACACAGAAACACCAUCAACAAAACGACACAGGAACAUUUUCAACAAAACGACACAGCAACAUUUUCAACAAAACGACAUAGCAACACCAUCAACAAAACGACACAGGGACACCAUUAACAAAACGACACAGAAACUUCAUCAACAAAACGACACAGAAACACCUUCAACAAAACGAAACAGCAACACCAUCAACAAAACGAAACAGGAACACCAUCAACAAAACGACGCAGCAAGACCAUCAACCAGACCACAAUCUAGCCUCCACAAGAAACCUUAA